UAAUUUGAGCCUGGCUAGGCUACACCAGCAGCAGCACAAAGAAGCCAGAGAGAGAGAAUAGAGAGAGAGAGAGAGAGAGAGAGAUGGGUGAGUCAUCUGUGUCGCUUCCGUCGGGGCCGGACGCAAAAAAGAGGCGGGUGAGCUACUUCUACGAGCCGUCAAUCGGAGACUACUACUACGGGCAGGGACACCCGAUGAAGCCCCACAGAAUCAGGAUGGCACACAACCUGAUCGUGCACUACUCCCUCCACCGGCGCAUGGAGAUCAACAGGCCCUUCCCAGCAGCCCCCGACGACAUCCGCCUCUUCCACUCCAACGACUACGUUGACUUCCUGGCCUCCGUCACCCCUGAGACCCUCCACGAUCACACCCACGCCCGCCAUCUCAAGCGCUUCAACGUCGGCGAGGACUGUCCUGUCUUCGACGGCCUUUUCUCCUUCUGCCAGUCCUCCGCUGGCGGAUCCAUCGGCGCCGCCGUCAAACUCAAUCGUCAGGACGCCGACAUCGCCAUCAACUGGGCCGGCGGUUUGCACCACGCCAAGAAGUCCGAGGCCUCUGGCUUUUGCUACGUCAAUGACAUCGUUUUGGGCAUCCUUGAGCUCCUCAAGGUUCACAGGCGUGUACUGUAUGUAGACAUCGAUGUCCACCAUGGAGAUGGUGUUGAGGAGGCAUUUUUUACCACAGAUAGGGUGAUGACGGUGUCUUUCCAUAAAUUUGGAGACUUCUUUCCUGGCACUGGGCAUAUUAAAGACAUUGGGGUACUGGGUGGUAAGUAUUAUGCACUAAAUGUUCCCUUAAAUGAUGGAUUGGAUGAUGGGAGCUUCCGUGGUCUAUUUCAACCUAUCAUCCAAAAGGUUAUGGAGGUUUAUCAGCCAGAUGCAGUUGUUCUCCAAUGUGGAGCUGAUUCAUUGUCUGGUGAUAGAUUGGGGUGUUUCAACUUGUCUGUGAAAGGCCAUGCAGAUUGCCUUCGUUUUCUUAGAUCUUUCAAUGUCCCUCUAAUGGUUUUGGGUGGGGGAGGCUAUACAAUUCGGAAUGUUGCCCGCUGUUGGUGCUAUGAGACAGCAGUUGCUGUUGGGGUAGAACCUGAUAAUAAAUUGCCUUACAAUGAGUAUUAUGAAUACUUUGGCCCAGAUUACACUCUUCAUGUUGAACCAAGCUCUGUGGAGAACUUGAACUCCGCCAAAGAUUUGGAAAAAAUAAGGACCAUGCUACUUGAGCAACUUUCCAGAUUGCCACAUGCACCCAGUGUAUCAUUUCAAACGACACCUCCGACUACACAAGUUCCGGAAGAGGUGGUAGAACAUAUGGAUCGAAGACCAAAACAACGCAUAUGGAAUGGUGAGGAUUAUGAGUCUGAUGCUGAUGAAGAUGAGAAGCCUCGACAUCAGAGCUUGAACUUUAAUCCUCGCCCCAUUGCAAAUGCUGAAAUGAGGGAUAUUGCAGAUGGAAUCAAAGAAGAGAAUAUGACAGAGGCAUAUCCGCCAUCCUGAUACAGAUGAACGCCCAGACUGGUCCUCCCUUUGGGGGGUUGCGCUGCACAGUGGAUUUUUCUAGAUCAUUAUGUAAGGCAUUAGAGUAGUUACUUAUGAGGUGUCUUGUUACUGAGAACUCUUUUCUUCCCCCGCCAUUUUUCCUGAACCAAUUCAACACUUCCAGCCAGUAGAGGAAAGGAUAUCCAUACUUGUUCCGUGCGGCAAAGAAGCUACGAUGAUGAUGAUGAACUAAGCUUGAUCUUCUACAUAUUUCAAUGUUGAUUGCUUUCUUUAUGGAAUCAAAUGGGUUCUCAGUCUUCAUUUGAUGCCAAAAUAUGUUAUUUUUGUCUUUUGAAUUGUUUCAUCUAGAACAAGCCUGUAACGUAUGUGGAAAAAAACAACAUUUCAACAGCAGUUAAGGAGGGCAGGGUCCCCCUGUUCGAAGAGCCAAAAAAAAAAACACAUUUCAGCACUUUAUGCUCUGCUUGCUUCCAAUUUUAGAAUCAGAGAAUGUGAAAUUCCGUAUCAUUUUAGUUACAAGAUUUUGCUAUGUUGGGGCAAAUGGUUUAGAGUGACCUAUUUUUGAAAAGAGAGAAUGCAAUCUAGGCUUGAGAAAGUAGAAAUUAUGUGACAAUUGUGGGAUCAAAUUACAGGAUUUUGGAUGCUCUGCUAUUCACGGUAAAAACAAAAAAGAAAUUCAGUUCUCUCUA